UUUCAAAGCAUCUAUAUGUUUAAUUUAAGAUUGUUAUUUGCACGGCAUGCAGAUGAUAUCCGAAGAAAUUUCUACAAGCUCCACUCUCCAUAUCCAGAUAUAGGACUGUUUAGGGUGUCGGGUGUAUUUCCAACGUUUUCCAAGGAUGGUUCCAAGCUUGCAUUCGUUGACGACGAGUUCAAAGCCGUGUGGGUAGCCGAUAGCCAAGGAUUGCGCAUUGUUUACGAGACGAAAGGCCCACACAACAUAUUCUCACCAGUUUGGAACCAAGAUCCACGAAGGGAUAUACUGUAUGUUUGCAUGGGACCUUCUUUCAAUGCGGGCAAAAUAUUGGAAAUCUGUGCUAUACCCGAUGUGUCUAGUGGUGUACGGCAGCGUCGAAAGCUCACAAAAGGAUUCAACAAUGCCUUCCCAUCCACCAGUCCAGACGGGACGAAACUAGUUUUUCGAUCUGCAAGAGAUGGAGGCGAUAAGAAAUACAAGAAUCUAUACAUAAUGGAGGAUGCAGAAGUAGGGGAAUAUGGGGAUGGAAAAAUAACAAGGCUAACAAAUGGGUAUUGGACUGACACACAUUGCCAAUGGUCCCCAACGGGAGAUUGGAUAGUAUUCUACCAGAAACUGACAAUGGCCUCGACCCAGGAUACUUUUCAGUAUUUCUAGUGAAAGCCAACGAUCCAUCGGUUGUGGUAAGAGUGAUAAAAAGUGGAGAUGAUCUUGCAGGGCAUGUGAAUCAUCCAUUCUUUAGUCCUGAUGGAAAAAGCAUUGCUGUGGCUUCAGAUCUUGCUGCAGUUUCCGUUGAUCCAAUUUCUUUACCUCUUUUCUUGCAUUCUGUGAGACCUUAUGGAGAUGUCUUCACUGUUGAUAUUGACCCAGAUGACCUAAAUAAGAACAAAGAUGUGAAGAAGUGCCAUCGCAUCACACAUAGUAGAUAUGAGAAUUCCACUCCUAGUUGGACCAUGUUCUCAACUGAUGAUCCGAAUGCAAAAUGGAACCUGCAAUUACAGGAUCAAUAUACGCCGUCAUGCCCUUAUGUAUAUCCUGAUGGAGGUGAAAGUUGGCACAUGACUGGCCACCUUUGCAUCCCAAGAAGAUGUUGUUGAUUGAUUUUUUGUCCAUGUACAUGGCUUGUUUUCAUGCGGUACGUACGCUAUCGUUUCGUCUUCCAAUAAAUGUAAACCCACGGCUACAAAAUUGUAUACUUCCUGUUUUCAAACUUGGUUUCUUGGUUUUAAAAUGAAGUUGAUGAAUUGCUCUUGGAUGUGUGCA